AUGGAUUCUGUUAGCAAAUGUGUCAUCGGGACGAAGAUCUUCGUCAGGGAUAAACAAAAGGUGUGGGUGUGCGCCGAAAUCAUAAAGGAAGGAACGGAUCUGGUGGCCAAGACGGAGGAUGACGAGAUCGUUGUGUUGAAGGAGAAGGACGAGUUCCAUCUAAGGAAUUUGGACGUAUUCGACUCGAGCGGUCUCUCAGCCCCCUCAGACUUAACGAAUCUAACUCACCUGCACGAAGCAUCCAUACUGCAUAGUUUGAAUGUCCGAUUCGAUAUUGACGAAAUAUAUACUCUAACGGGACCGAUUCUGAUCGCAGUGAACCCAUUUAAGAUAAUUCCAGAUUUGUAUUCUGACAACAUGCUAGCUAAACAUGUGCAACCGAUUCAGUCUAAAAGUCCACAUAUUUUUUCCACUGCCAAUAGUGCAUACCUAGGGAUGUGUCAGCAUAAUAAACCUCAAACGAUAUUAAUAAGUGGAGAGUCAGGUGCAGGGAAGACCGAAUCAACAAAAUACGUGAUGAAAUUUCUUGCUUGUGCAGGUUCAGACAUUAAAAAUAGAUCCCUGAUUGAGUGUCAGAUAUUAGAGAGUAAUCCUUUGUUAGAGGCAUUUGGGAAUGCAAGGACUCUGAGGAAUGACAACUCGAGUCGUUUUGGGAAGUUUAUUGAGUUGCAGUUUUCUUUGGACAGGCGGGGUGGGGGUCAGUACUACACCAAGGGGAAGUUGUGCGGCGCGAAGAUUCGGACCUACCUUUUGGAGAAGGUUCGGGUUUGCUACCAGCAGGAGGGAGAGCGCAACUACCACAUUUUCUACCAGCUCUGCAGGGCGGCCAGGGAGGCGAAGGUGGCGGCUAAGGGGGCGGCUAAGGGGGCGGCUAAGGGGGCGGCUAAGGGGGCGGCUAAGGUGGCGGCUAAGGGGGCGGCUAAGGGGGCGGCUAACGAGUCGGUUGACAUAUCGGCUGACAAAUCGGCUGACAAAUCGGAUGACAAAUCGGCUGACAAAUCGGCUGACAAAUCGGUUGACGAAUCGGUUGACGAAUCUCCUAGGAACACUUCCAACUCUGCGAACGCCGCUAACAUUGAGAGCGCCGCUCAGGAGGAGGCGCGCCUGUACCGCUUCCCCGCGACGGAGAAGUACAGGGACCCCGAGAUGGGCGCGAAGCCGGUGAGCAUAAACCUGACGGGCUUCCAAAGCCACGAGCACUUCCGCUACCUGACCAAGUCGAGCGUGCACGAGUUGAGCGACGUGAACGAGCUGGAGUUAUUCGAGACGACCGUAUACGCCAUGCAGACCAUCGGGAUAAGCGAAUCGGAACAGCACCAAAUAUUUCGUGUGCUAGAAGGGAUCUUAUACAUUGGGAACGUCCUAUUCAGUAAUGACGAAAGUAGAGAAGAGUGUCGCAUUUUGGAGGAUUCCCUUUCUGAUUUGAAAAAGGCUGCAUCUUUUUUAGAUGUAGAUGCAGAAGAAUUAAAAAACGCACUCUGUUAUAGAACCAUUGUAGCGAAUAACGAGUGUUAUAAAAAACCAGUAAAUGCAACCGUAGCAAACGAUGUCAGGGAUGCACUAGCUAGAGCCAUUUAUGGAUGUCUAUUUUUAAAAGUAGUAGAAAGAACAAACGAAUCCGUAGGUUUUUCAGAAGACAAUAAUUUGUUAUUUUGUGGGGUUCUAGAUAUAUUUGGGUUCGAAUCAUUUGCACUAAAUUCAUUUGAACAAUUGUGUAUCAACUAUACUAAUGAAUGCUUGCAACAAUUUUUCAACAAUUUCAUAUUUAAGUGUGAAGAAAGGUUAUACAUUGAUGAGGGGAUAGAGUGGGACCCAUUAGACUUCCCCGAUAAUGCAGAUUCUGUCAAUUUGCUUGAAUCCAAACCGUAUGGGGUGUUCUGUAUGCUGGACGAGGAAUGCUACGUUCCAUCUGGGAAGGACAAAACCUUUUGCAGUAAAAUAAUUAGUAAGCAUUGUUCCCCCCUUGGUACUGCCACCAAUCGGUUUAUGGCUGUGAAGACGGACCCAUCCUCUUUCGUCAUUGUUCACUUUGCUGGAAAGGUCACUUAUAAUACAUCUGGAUUUUUGGAAAAGAAUAAAGAUCAGUUAUCAGUAGAUGUACAGAAGGUACUUGUGAACAGCAAGAGUGAAUACACUUCUUCACUUUUUUAUAAAUAUUUACGAAGAAAUGUGGAGAAAAAAAGAUUUCAAACUGUUUCCAGCGAAUUUAAGGAACAGCUUCAUCAGCUGAUGCGAAGAAUCCAAGAGACUGAACCCCAUUUUAUUAGAUGCAUUAAACCUAAUUCUCAGAACAUGCCCGAAAUUUUCGAUCGCGUCUCUGUGAAUGAGCAGCUCAAGUAUGGGGGAGUCUUACAAGCUAUAAAGGUUAGUCGUUCUGGGUACCCUGUUAGACUUACACACACGGACUGCGUAAAGGAUUACUCUAUUUUGUUGAACAAGGAAGGGAAGAAGCUGUUUCGGGAUUAUGAGACCAAAUCCUGGGCUCAGAAGGCCACCUUCGUCCUCAGCCAGCUGCACCAGUGCGACGCCAUACAGAACUUGAUCGCCUCGCUGGGCGCGGCGAAGCAACGGCGUCAGAUGGAGGAGGCCGCACUCAGGGGGGGGGUCGGCAAGGGUGCUACUGGGGAUAUUAGGGGCACAUCUGACAGUGCCGCGAACGUCGAGAACGUCGCGAACCCGGAUGAGAGAGACAACGUGGUUAACCCCGAUGAGAGAGACAACGUGGUUAACCCCGAUGAGAGAGACAACGUGGUUAACCCCGAUGAGAGAGACAACACCGCUAACCCCGAUGAGAGAGACAACACCGCUAGCCCCUCCAACACCGCUAACCCCUCCACCGCCGCUGACAAGGCUGACAGCGCGCUCAUUUGGGCGGUGGGUAAAUCUCUGUGCUUCUUCAAGAGUGAAGCGUACAACGUUCUUUCCACCCUGCGAAGCGACUUCCGAUCUGUGCAGGCAGUAGUGUUGCAGAAGAACUACAAAGCGUAUCGACAGAGGAAGCUAUUCUUGACGAUGAAGAAGAAAGUGGUGCUGCUGCAAAGGUGGACCAGACACAUACUGUUGGUCAUUCGAAAUGAGAGGACAAAGGUGGGAAGAGCGAUACAGCUGAUCUGUUUACACAUAUAUGGCUACAGCAUUCGAAAGGCUUUCCUACACAAGAAAAAAUGUGCGACUAUUAUACAGGCACAUAUGAGAGGCUACUUGACAAGGAAGCAUUACCAGGAGUACAGACUUAACCACUAUGCAAGCCUCAUCAAAGCGACAUGGAAGAUGCACAAGGAGAGGAGGCAUUUAGCUGACAUGAAACGAGCUGUGGAAAAAAUUCAACUUAAAUGGAAAGGAAUUUUAGCGAGGAGACAAUUGAGGAGACUGAAGGAGGAAGCGAAAGAAGUAGGGGUGCUUAUUCAGAGAAACCAGUGCUUAGUGAAGGAAAUAGAGAAUGAGAGGAAAAAAAAAAUGGAGGCUGAGAACAAGCUGUUGAAGGCCUUCGCUAGUGUGGAGAAGCUAGCCAAAAGGGUCGACUUGCUCGAAAGGAACAAUCGGGACAACGAGGAUGUGAUUAAGGGAUUGACGGAGAGGCUGGCUCAGGCGAAUGCGCCAUCUAGCAGCAAGUUCCCCAGCGAUACCGCCCCCCCCGAGACGGGCACACCUCCACGCACAGACGACAUAGAGACCCUCCUCAGCAAGAUAAAAAAACUGGAAUGGGAAAACAAAGAAUAUAUGAAGAAAAACAACACGCUAAAUGAACGUUACAACCAGCUUCUCAGACUUCUGUCCGACAUUAAACGGAAGGACGUGUUCCUUGAGAGUGGACAGGCGACGCAAGUAGUACUACAGAGAGGGUCAGGUACGGAGAGGUUCACCACAGAACAACAUGGUGAUACUUGGCCCGAACAGUCUAUAGAAAAGAGAGUCGCACGAAUUGGAGAAAAAUACGCUGAGCAACUGAACACGAGAAGGACUACUCAUCGGCAAAAUGGAAAGAACGUAGAUAUACUGAUGUGCGGCCCUAAGGGAGUUGGAAAGACGAGUCUAUUGGAGGAUCUCUUUGUUCGAAUUGGAGAUGAAAUAAACCUUAAUUUGUUACGAAAAAAUAAAAAAAAAAUUUCUGAUGAAAGUAACUCAUUUAUAUAUGACACGUAUGUAGUGACACAUAAAUAUGCUACAGUAAAAAUUUGUGAUUGCAUGUACAGUAGCAACAGGAGUGCAGAAGAUGGUCUGUUCAAUUUGGUAAAAAGCUCUGCUUGCAUCGUAGUUGUGUUCGACUCAAGCAAUGGCGAUUCUAUUCACCCAGCGUUGCAUCUCCUUCAGGAAGCAGCCCUAACGAAUGUUAAGAGAAGAACCAAACUGCAUCUACUUGAAAAUAUAUUCAACGAGAAAAUAAAUUUAAAACAAAGUACAUGCGAUGUAUCCUACGCGUUGAGGGUAGCCAAAGCAUGUAGUGCUAACUACGUGAAGGCACUCGAUAUGUAUGACAUACUGAAUAAUUAUGUGUGUGGGGAGAAGUCCUACUUGUGUUCCAUUCCUGGGAAGACAUACCACAUGCACAGAAAUGAUGAAGCCUUUCCGUGGCAGCACUCCGAUCGGUACCACCACUUCGCCAAGCAGAUCGGGGGAGGCAUCGGAGGUAUCGGAGGUACCGGAGAUCUCGGGGGAGGCCUCCCUCCACGUGACUACAUCAAUACAUAUGUACAUGCACACCAAAUGGAGGACACCGAAAAAUCCGCGAUGGAAACACAUGCCCGUGUGAACCACCUGAAUUUGAACUUCCCCCCCGAGGAGGAAUUCCUUCCAAAGUAUUUCACAUCGAAGAGAGACGAGCACACAACUCGGGGUGACGAACACACCACUCGGGGUGACGAACACAUAACUCGCCGUGACGAACACAAGAACAAUAACAGCGUGUAUUCCAUGGUUAGCUCAUUUAAAUCCCUUUGUAGUGUUCAUCCCAAAAAGAAUGCACACGUGCAGCUUCUGCGAGAGUCUAUGCCGCUAAACAGUUACGUAUAUGGUAACAAAAAAUAUAAUGUCGAAAUGGGGAAGGGUCUGCAGCCUAUUUAUGAAAUCACACUCAAGGGGAGUGUUCCCAUCACGUAUCUUCUCAUCGGACGAGACUCCAUUAACAAAAUGCACACGCUGCUCGCCGUGGGGUGCAAGGACGGAAUUAUUUACAUUUACAAGUGUUUGCGAACCCCCCUCGAGAGUGCCCACGGCGGGCACUACUUCUACCAAGGUGCAGGGGGUGGCGGUGUUGGCGGUGUUGGCGGUGUUGGCGGUGUUGGCGGUGUUGGCGGUGUUGGCGGUGUUGGCGGUGUUGGUGGUGUUAGCGGUGUUAGCGGUGUUAGCAGCGUGAGCGGAGAGGACAACGCGAAUAUCACGUCCGCCAAGCUGCUGACGAAACUGUCGGGGCACAAAAAAGCCAUCACGUGCCUCGUCUUCACAUUCACAGAAGAAAAAAUAAUUUCGUCCUCAAUUGACCGCACGAUAAAGAUAUGGGAGGUAAGCACGGGCUUCCUGUUGAAGGUUUUCUCAGACUCUUCCGCAACUCUCUCUGUUUUGUUGCUCCCGACAAACCUGGACCUGUUCCUUUGUUCCAAUUGCACAUCCCUCCUUCGUAUCGUCAACGUAAACACUGGUCAUGUUAAUCAGAAAAUCAAGCUUGAAAGUGAAAUUAGGACACUAGAGAUGGAUGAUACAGGGCUUAAUAUCUUUGCAGGAUCAAAAAAUGGAACCAUAUAUAUCUUAGAAAUAGUGCACAACGAACGUUUAGAGAUUCGAUUUAAAUUACUUUUUUCCCUUUCUCCAAUAACUUGUAUCAGAUUUGUUCCGAAACAACCUCUUCUGAGUUCUCCACUAAUAACUGUGAACUCUUGUGAUAACCAUAUGGGAAUUAUCGAAUGUGUGUAUGGGUCCAAGGGUAUGGUCCUCACAAGUCUAUCCGUUAAACAUCGAAUUAGAAUUAACCACGCGCUGCUGCCCAUCCGAAAUAGCUACUCCAAGUUUGGGGGCGGCUGGGUCCUUUCCGGAUCUGAAGAUGGAAACAUUUACAUCUGCUCCCUCUUGCCGCAGUCCAACUACAGACUCGUCCUUUUAAAACAUCACAAGGCACCCGUCAUGGCCGUGGUGGUAAACGACAUCGACACGCUAAUGGUGUCAGGCGACUCCAAGGGAAACAUGGUCUUCUGGAGGCGGGCUUUCGUGUAG